AUGUCUCCUACUCCUGCUAACUCUGUCAACACAUGUCACCUAAGCCUGCCAACCUCCCUCGGCUCCCACCCACACCUGCCAGCCCUCCCACAACACGUGCCACCCACAUCUGCCAGCCCUCCGCAACACGCCCACACCUACCAGCCCACCCACAGCUCUUCACCCACAUCUGCCAGCGCCUUCCCACAGCACGUGCCACCCAAGCUGCCAGCCCUCCGACAACACGUGUCACCCACACCUGCUCGCGGCACGUGCCACCCACACCUGCCAGCCUCCCCGCAGCACGUGCCACCCACACCUGCCAGGCCUUCUCCUGCAGCACGUGUCACCCACACCUGCCAGCCCUCCCGCAGCACGUGCCACCCACACCUGCCAGCCCUCCCGCAGCACGUGUCACCCACACCUGCCACCCCUCCCACAACAUGCCAGCCACACCUGCCAGAUAUCCCACAACACGUGCCACCCACACCUGCCAGCCCUCCCGUAAAACGUGCAACCCACAGCUGCCAGCCCUCCCGCAACAUGUGCCACCCACACCUGCCAGCCCUCCCGCAGCACGUGUCACCCACACCUGCCAGCCCUCCUGCAACAUGUGCUGCCCACACCUGCCAGCCCUCCUGUAACAUGUGCCAGCCAUACCUGCUGUGCCUCCCGCAACAUGCUGGCCACACCUGCCAGCCUCGCAACAUGUGCCAGCCACACCUGCCAGCCUCCUGCCAUGUGCCGGCCACCCGUCAGCCCUCCCGCAACAUGUGCUACCCACACCUGCCAGCUCCUCCUCCCGCAACAUGCCCACAGCUGUCAGCCUCCAGCAACAUGUGUCAGCCUCACCUGCCAGCCCUCCCGCAACAUGUGCCAGCCACACCUGCCAGCCCUUCGCCAACAUGUGCCAGCCACACCUGCCAGCCUCCCAGCAGGUGCCAGCCACACCUGAGAGCCCUCCCGUAA